AUGGGAUGCGCGCAGGGCAAGCCCACCACGGGCUCCCCGGCGGGCAGCGACGGCCGUGGCAUCGACCACCUCAUGCGCCAGAACCGCUACGUCCCGGCCUCCUCCUCCCGCCUCUCCGACCCACUCCCCGCCGCGAGGCUGCUGCCGGAGCAGCAGGACGCCGCCCGCGCCCGUCGUUGCGCCGUGGAGGAGGAGGCGACCGAGGAGCGGGACAGUGGCGGCAACGCGCGGCGGGAGGAGGAGCUGGUGGACGGCUGGCCGACGUGGCUGCUGGAAAACGUGCCCCGCGAGGCGCUGCAGGGCAUCGUGCCCAAGAGCGCCGACGCGUACGACAAGAUCGCCAAGGUGGGGCAGGGGACGUACAGCAACGUGUACAAGGCGCGGGAGCGGGGGACGGGGAGGGUGGUGGCGCUGAAGAAGGUGCGGUUCGACACGUCGGAGUCGGAGAGCGUGCGGUUCAUGGCGAGGGAGAUGAUGAUCCUCCGGCGGCUGGACCACCCGAACGUCAUCCGCCUCGACGGCAUCGCCACCUCCCGGAUGCACCGCAGCAUCUACCUCGUCUUCGACUUCAUGUACUCCGACCUCGCCCGCCUCGUCUGCCGUCCCGACGGCCGCCUCACCGAGCCCCAGAUAAAAUGUUACAUGCAGCAGCUCCUGGCGGGGCUGCAGCACUGCCACGAGCGCGGCAUCCUGCACCGCGACAUCAAGGGCUCCAACCUCCUCAUCGACCGCCAUGGCGUCCUCAAGAUCGGCGACUUCGGCCUCGCCAACUACUACGGCCCCGCCCGCCGCCGCCCGCUCACCAGCCGCGUCGUCACGCUCUGGUACCGCGCCCCGGAGCUCCUCCUCGGCGCCACCGACUACGGCGCCGGCGUCGACCUCUGGAGCGCCGGCUGCCUCCUCGCCGAGAUGUUCUCCGCCAAGCCGCUCAUGCCCGGCAGAACCGAGAUCGAGCAGCUGUCCAGGAUAUUCACCCUCUGCGGCUCGCCGCCGGACGACUACUGGAGGAAGAUGAAGCUGCCGUCGAGCUUCCGGCCGCCGAGGACGUACAAGCCGCCGAUGAUGGACAAGAUCGGCUUCCUGCCGCCGGCGGCCCUGGCCCUGCUCGCCACGCUCCUCGCGCUCGACCCCGCCGCCCGCGGCACCGCCGGCCAAGCCCUGCAGAGCAGCUUCUUCAGCACGCCGCCAUUGCCGUGCGAUCUCUCGUCGCUUCCGGUUGUGUACAAGGAGGAGGAGGAGGAGGAGGUCCCUGAUCCUGCUGCUUCCCGUGAUGGAAGGAAGCCCAAACUGAGAGAACGGUCUCAGAAGAGAAGGGACAGCAAGAAGAAAGCUGAGGAACAAAGUUCAUAUAAGGGACAAAAUCACAACAGUAAUUCCCCUAACAGAGAGGAGAAGGCUAUGGAGGAUACAACAAAAUCAGGCCAAAAAUCAACACGAUUUUCACAAGUUCAGGAGAUGUUACCACCAGAGGGGUCACCUGCAUCUCAGGCUCAGCAGGUGCCAAGGGCAAGCACCUACCACGCAGUCAUGUCUGAAGACCACCGCAGCAAUCCCAUGGCUGCUUUGGUACCGCGUGAUCACGACGAGCAAAAGACUAGCAGGAGGCAUGGCGGCCCGGAGAUCAGGUCGGCGUCCAUCUCGGAACACGAAGCGCUGUGGAGCGCAGGAGGCCCCUCGAACGCGAAGCAGAUUGUUGUGGAUCGCGUGUAG